AGUGGGAGGGAUCAGCUGUAACCUUACUGAAUCUGCUCCAUGCUUGUGUGUGAUGGUUACAUGCAAUCCAGAUUGGUAGAGCAGGGAUGUAUCUACGCUUUGCUGAUAGAUCCAGGUAUGAAAGUCUUCACCUGUCAACAGCUCUGGAAGACUGGGACAUGAAGGAGGAACUGAAACAGUGUGUGACUAUUGAUCAGUACUUUCCUGUUAUAGGUACUGAUGAGAAGGGGGAGCGGUAUUCUAUAAAACGACAGCACCGCGUGGAAAUGCUGCCUUGUAGGUCUGAAGAAGGCUCUCCACUGGAGAACACUUUUCAGCCCACCCUGUGGCUCAUUGUGGACCCCAAUCUGGUAAUGCCAUGCCCUGAUAUUUAUACUACGUUGCCUCUUGAGCUUCACAUGACUUCUCCUUACAUGUCCUCCACUCCAGAGAAUAGGACACCGUCUGCUGUAGACUAUUCAACUAUGGAAGAUUCUGAAGAAGAAGCUAUGUCGUCAAGCAGUGACUUGUGUACAGAAGACGACAACUCCUUCAUUACCCGUCCAGCUCAUUUGUCCAGCAUGAAUUGCCACGUUAAGAAGGAGCGAGUAAGAAGGACCGGAGCUCAGUACAAAUGGCCUCGACCUCCAAUAAAUUACUGCAACUUGAUCUCAGUGGCGUUAAGAAAUAGUGAGGAAGGCAGUCUAAACGUGCAACAGAUUUACAGCUUUGUCAGGGAGCAGUUUCCAUUUUUUCGUGCUGCUCCAGACGGCUGGAAGAAUACGGUCCGUCACAACCUUUGCUUCAGCAGUAGUUUUGAGAAGAGUGCUGGCUGGGAGAGUGCUGAUGGACAUAGACGUGCUUGCCUGUGGAAACUAACCCGCCAGGGACGGAGAAAGUUCCGCACUGAGAUGCAUGCCUUAUCGGAUGAGUUACUACGUGUGUUGCGAAGGAGUAUGAACAAACCAGCACUUAUGGAGUUGAUGUUUGGAAUGUGAAGAUUGGAAUCUCCUGGCAAAUAUUUUCUUUCCUGCGUUUUCAGCAGACUCUCUCUGAUUCCCCCACCCCCAAACGCCCCAAGAAAGCAAUCCUCAUUCUAUGGUUAUUCUAAUAAUAUUGUUUCUCACGUUGCACUGGGUUUGCUUAUUCACAAAUAAUAUGUAUCACAUUAAAAUAAGUAUACACCAUU